UGGAAUCAUCAUCAGUCGAAGCACGGUUCUCUCAUUUUCAGCUUCUGUCAGCUUUCUCUCCACAAGCGAUUACUCCGGCCAUGGCAUCUUCUCAGAAACUGGUCUCUAUCUGCCUUUGCUUACUGUUGUGUUCUUCACUAAUUGUUGUCGAGGCAGGACACGGUAUGAUGGGCGGAAUGUUUGGAGGUGGAGGAAAACAUGGCGGAGGUAUGGGAGGUGUUGAAGCUUUAUUAGCAGCUGGAAUCUUAGCCAAGCUCCUGUCUCAUCAUGGAGGAGGUGGACACCACCAGCACCAAAUUCAAUAUGUGCCUUACCAUGUCGGAGGCUAUGGAGGUCAUGGAUGGGCAUAAGAAUGCCUCUAAAAGUCGAAAAUAAGCCAUAAAUACAAAUGCUGCCUACUUGGUUUUUGUACAUAUAGUCAUUUUGCCAUGUAGAACCUAUAUUUGUAAAUAAACAUCCUACCAUCACAAA